CGUACCCGCACUGACAGAUUCUGAUUUCUCGCAGUUGUUUUGGUUGGCUGGCGAUUUCGCUCCUCUGGAAAAGUAGAAAAUUAUCCACACAAUCGGUUCCGGAACGAUGCUACGACGAUUCGAUCGGAUAGCGCUGCUGAGGAGGCUGAAUCCUGCCGGUGGUGGGAAGUCGGUCAGCACCUGGUCCCCGCUGACGACGGCGUUCAACACUCGGCCCGAGAAGCGAAUCAACUUCACCAAGAAUGAAGUCGGCCUGUUCAGCAUUCCGGAGCUGACCAGCUACGAAGGGUUCUACGUUCUCAAAGAAAAAGCCAUCUUCAAAACGGAAGAUUUGAUCGCAGAAGCCACUUCGGAGAAUAGGACCCGCAAAAUGGUGACCAUUUUCGAUGAACUGUCGGACACCCUCUGCAAGGUGGCCGAUUUGUCCGAGUUCAUACGAUUGGCCCAUCCGCAGAGCCACUAUAGUCAUGCAGCGGAGAAUGCCUGCAUUACCAUCAGUGGCAUUGUGGAGAAACUCAAUACUCAUAAAAGGCUGUACAAAGCCUUGAAGCAGGUGGUGGAUCAAAGAGAUUUGAUGGAAACAACCGACGUGGAUAAACACGUGGCCGAGCUGUUCCUGUUCGACUUCGAGCAGUGCGGAAUUCACCUAAAGGAAAACGACCGCCAAAAAGUGGUCUUCCUGAACGAUUGCAUUCUUCAGCUCGGUCAGAGGUUCAUGGCCGGAGCUGUCCAUCCCAGGACGAUAAAAAAGAGUGUACUGCCGGAGGCCAUCCGGCCCUUUUUCUCCACUGAUGGCGAUAACAUCCUGGUUUCAGGAUUGUAUGCCGAUUCUUCCAAUAACCUAGCCAGGGAAGCUGCUUACAGGCUGUUCCUCUUCCCUGAUCAGCAGCAGGAGCAACUCCUCUCGGAACUUUUGAAAUCACGGCACGAGUUAGCCACAACUUGUGGUUUUAAAACAUACGCCCAUAGAGCGCUAAAGGCCAGCACGGUUGAGACCCCCGAAAUGGUCAACGAAUUCCUGCAGACCCUCAACGAGGAGCUGAAACCUCGAGCGGAGCGGGACUUCGCCCUGAUGCAGAAAAUGAAAAACGCCGAGAAUCGCUUCGAGUCCCCUUUGGCAACCUGGGAUACGCCCUACUUCACAUCCACGCUCAAGAAGCGCUGUCUACAAGCGUCCGCCUCGGAGUUCUCUCCCUACUUCAGCCUCGGGGCUUGCAUGGAAGGUUUGAACCUGUUGAUGAACAGCCUCUACGGAAUCAGCUUGGAAAACACCGAAAUGGAACCAGGCGAAAGCUGGUCCCACGACAUCUACAAACUGGCGGUCACCCACGAAUCCGAAGGCCUGCUUGGCCACAUCUACUGUGAUCUAUUCGAACGACCGGGAAAACCCAACCAAGACUGUCACUUCACCAUCCAGGGCGGCAAAGUGAUGCCCGAUGGAUCCUAUCAGAAUCCAAUCGUGGUAGUUAUGCUGAAUCUGUCCCAACCCCGCUGGUCCGGGCCUACCCUACUGACCCCGUCCAUGGUGGACAACCUAUUCCACGAGAUGGGCCACGCCAUGCACUCGAUGCUCGCCCGAACCGAAUACCAACACGUCACCGGAACCCGCUGCAGCACGGACUUCGCAGAAGUUCCGUCCGUCCUGAUGGAAUACUUUGCCAGUGACCCACGCGUCCUGAGAACCUUCGCCAAACACUUCCAAACCCAGGAACCCAUGCCGGAGGAAAUGCUCGAACGACUGUGCGCCUCCAAACACCUUUUCUCCUCAAGCGAAACGCAACUUCAAGUAUUCUACUCAGCCCUGGAUCAGGUCUACCACGGCGAUCCAUCCGGGCACCAAUCGAACACCACCGAAACCCUUCGCACCGUGCAGGAACAGUUCUACGGCCUUCCCUACGUGGAGAACACGGCCUGGCAGUUGCGGUUCUCCCAUCUGGUCGGCUACGGUGCCAAGUACUAUUCCUACUUGAUUUCGCGAGCCGUGGCCUCCUGGAUCUGGCAGACGUACUUCGAGAGCGAUCCGCUCAGUCGGAGUCAAGGCGAAAAGUACCGCCGGGGAUGUCUGGCGUACGGGGGCGGCAUUCCCAGCCGGCUGCUGGUUUCGAACUUCCUCGGGCGGGAAGUGACCCCGGCCAAUUUAACGCGGAGUCUCAUCAACGAAAUCGAUGGCUAUAGCGAGCAGUUGAAGGACUUCGAGAAGCACAUCCGGUAGGCUUGCGUGGAAUGCCACGGGAGCUUGACCUAGGUUUAGGGAGGGGAUCAUUUCAAAAGAAAUAAAUAUCUAAAAAAAUAUA